GGAGGGGGACAGCGGUCUGGGUUCUCCCCCUGUUGAAUGUUGUGGGGGCAUGGAGUCGAUUGGAGGAGCACAGACCCCGUGGGGUGGCAGGCACCCCAUGAAGGAGUGCAGGGACUCCGCGUGGGUGUGAGGGACACCCUGAGGGGAUGGGGGGACACUGGGGGGGAGUCAGGGACCCCAGAGUGGGGCACAGGAGCCGGAGAAGGGCAGGGGACCCAUAGGAGGGAGGUGGGACCCCUUAGGAUGUGCGGGGACCCCAGGGGUGGGGGGAAGGAUCCUAUGGGGGAGGGCAAGGACCCUAUGAAUGGGGUACUGGGGAGGCAGAGGGGUCAGGGAACCCAUGGGAGGGUGACAGGCCCCCAGAAGGGCACAGGGACCCCAGAGAGGGGUCAGGGAACCCAUGGGAGGGUGGCAGGCCCCCAGAAGGGCACAGGGACCCCAGAGAGGGGUCAGGGAACCAAUGGGAGGACGCAGGGACUCCACAGGGAGGGCACAGACCCCAUGGAAAGGGGGUCAGGCACCUUACGGAGCAGUGUCAGGGACCCCAUAGGUGGUUUUGGGAAUCCCAUGGGAGGAUGCUGGGAUGCUGGGGGGUGUUUUAGGGACGCGAUGGAGGAUUUAGGGACCCUGGGGAGGGUGCCUGGACCUUGGGGUGGGGUCAGAAGGGGACCCCAAAGCUGCGGGAAGCAGUGACCCCAUGGGGGAUAGGGGGCUGUUCGCCGUCCCCCAGGUUUGGGCGCCCAUGGCAGAGCAGGACCGGGCGCUGGAGCCGGGCUGGCUCCUGUCCCCCGCCGGCCGCCCCUACCUGGACUCCAUCCUGCACAAGAACCAGCGGAGAGUGUUCGGUCUGCUGGAGCGUCCGGCGCUGCCGCCCGCCCUGGCUGUCCCCAUUGUCACCUACAAACUCUUCCUGGCGGGGAGAAGCGGCGUCGGGAAGACGGCACUAGUGGCCUGGCUGGGGGGCACCCCCGUACCCCCCGCCCACCACGAGACCCUGGGGAUCGAGGCCACCACGCUGUUCUGGCCGGCCAAGCCCCGCGCUAGCGGCCGCCCCGUCCUGUUCCAGCUGCAGUUCUGGGACUGCGGGGACGGAGCACUCAGGAAGUUUGAGCACCUGCUGCCCGCCUGUAAGGAGGAGGCGGACGCCGCCCUGUUCCUGUUCUCCUUCACGGACCGCGCAUCCUUCGAGGAUCUGCCGGCGCUCAUGGGCCGCGUGCUCGGCCCCGGGGAUCGCGACCUCGUCAGGAUGGUCGUGGGCACCAAAUUCGACCUGGCCCCACACACGGCCGUGACGGAGGGAGACGUGCGGGCCUUCGAGGGGACGUGGGGGCUGCGGGUGCUGCGGGCGGGGGGGACCCCGGGGGCCGGUGGGGCGUGGGCGGGGCUGGCCCGGGUCGCCCCCGUCCUGGACGCCCUGGUCGAGGGGCUCUGGCGGCGCGACCAAGUGACCGCCGGCGUCACCCCGGGGGACACCCCCACCUGAACCCCCUCUUGGGGCGGGUUUGGGGGCUGGGAGGGGUAA